AUGGCUGCACCAACGUCAACGAAGUACGAGACACGUCUCUUUAUUAAUGGCCAGUUCUCCGCGGCCUCAGACGGAGGGACUUUCCCGUUGAAUUCGCCGCUCACACGUGAGACGGUCGCUUUGGUAUCCGAGGCCACAGUAGAGGACACAAAUCGUGCUGUUGCAGCGGCAAAGGCGGCCUCGCUAGCAUGGGCGAGUAUAUCGGUCCACGAAAGAGGAGCUUAUAUGAACAACCUCGCCAAUUUGAUCGCGGAGUCUGAGAAGGAACUCGCUAGCCUAGAGGCCAUCUCCAUGGGGCGACCCAUCUCUGGCUACUGGGAUGCAAAAGCCGCGGUGAAAAAGCUUCAGUAUUUCGCCACGGCUGGCUGGAACGGCCAGGGUCGCACUAGUCUCAAUACUCCAGGAUUCGUCAACUUGACUCUGAGGCAGCCGUUUGGAGUUGUUGCUGCUAUUAUUCCCUGGAAUGUUCCGGUGUACGUUUUCAUAAAUAAGAUCGCGCCCGCGAUCGCGGCUGGCAACACUGUGGUUCUCAAGAGCAGCGAAAAAGCCCCUCUGACGUCGGCAAAGCUUGCAGGGCUCAUCCAAAAAGCUGGCUUCCCACCUGGUGUCGUCAAUGUGCUUUCCGGCCAUGGCCAUGUCUCCGGUGCCACCCUUGCUUCACACAUGGAUGUUAGGCUAAUCACAUUCACUGGCUCAGGACGAACUGGGCGCCUGAUCCGUGAAGCGGCAACAAAAUCCAAUAUGAAGAACGUUAUCCUUGAGCUGGGAGGAAAGACCCCGGCUGUAGUUUUCGACGAUGCGGAUCUGGAGCGCGCAGCCAAGGAAACCUUCCACAGUAUCCAGUGGAACAGCGGACAGGCAUGCAUGGCUAAUUCUCGUGUGUAUGUCCAUGCUUCAGUGGCGGAACGCUUCUUGGAUCUAUUCAAAGAAUGUGCCAAAGACGUCAGACUGGGUGACCCUCUGAACCCAGAAGUCAAUCAUGGGCCGCAAGCGGACAGUGUACAGUACGACAUCGUCAAGAAGUACUUUGAGAUGGGCAAGCAGGAUGGCAAACUUGUUCUUGGAGGUGUGCCGGAGGAUACCGCAGGUUACUUCAUUCAUCCGACCAUCUUGGUUGAAACACCUGAGAGUGCACAAAUCAUGAGAGAUGAAGUUUUUGGGCCCAUCGUCAACAUCAACAUCUUUACUCAUGAAGACGAGGUUAUCCGAAUGGCAAACGAUACCGAAUUCGGUCUCUAUUCCGCUAUAUACACUCGGGAUAUUGACCGGGCCAUGCGCUUCGCAAGAGCCUCAGAGGCCGGCACGGUAGCAAUUAACUGCACUAGUCCUACAGGUGCAUUUGACCUUCCAUUUGGAGGUUACAAAGCAAGCGGCAUCGCGCGAGAGGGGAUUCAUGACAGCCUGGACAACUAUUUGGAGACCAAAACUGUCAUCAUCAGAACGGGAUAG